AUGUCUGCAAUGUCAGCAGGUAAAAGCAGAACAUCAGAGACCAGUAGGAUUGUUGCAACCCCUUCUAAUCUUGGAAUGGAAGUGGGAACAUCUUACCAUGGAUUUCGUAGCAAGAUUACCACGGACUCCUCGGGCCUUUUGGGGGAUUUGGUUUUGGGGAUUUGGUCAAAACCCCCUCAUAAUAAAGGUGAUGCGACGUUCACCGGCCAUUCUCACUUCGUCGGUGAACGCGAGCUCCGUCUCUGGGACCUCGGCACUGACACCACCGCUCGCCAUUUUGUCAGCCACACCAAAGAUAUCAUCUCCGUCGCUUUCUCAAUUGACAAUCGUCAAAUCGUUUCAACCUCCAAAGAUCGAUCAGUCAAGCUGUGGAACACAUUGGGAGUACACGAUUCACUCAUCAUAGUUUCAGUACAUCGAUGGCCUCACCCAUACAGUAGUCCACCGGGAGUGACGACGGAGGAUGCCGAUUUGGCGAUUCUCUCUCUCUCGCGUCGCCGCUGCCUUUCUCUCUCUACCAAUCGCCGAACUUCGCCAGUAAGCCCUUCUGUCAAAUCCUCCGGCGACUUGAUGGAAAUUGGCACCAGAUCGUCGGCCUCAAUGUCGCUCAAAACGGCGUCGUUGUCUUCCUCACCGACACUCGCCAUUAUUGCUUAUACUCUCGCAAAGUUUGGCUGAGAGAUCUGAUGGAGGAUUUCUUCUCCAAACGAGCCUCGAUCCCCAUAACCACUACCAAUCGUCCUUGCAAUGUCAGAUAAGAUUACUGCAAAAUCACU